GCGUAAGAGGGGAGGGCAGGGCAGACGGCGAGCAGAGGCGGUGACAGGCGCGGGGAGCCGGCGGCAUGGCCGGCCGGGAUCCCCCCCAGCCCCUGCCCCAGCCCCGCGGAGGCUCCGCGGCCCCUCGCCGCAGCCGCAUCUUCUUCUUGGGGCUGUUGCUGCUGUUCCCCGGGCGGGGAGAAGCUGCCGGACGGCCAGGGCCCCCGCUGCCCGGUGAGCGGGUCACCCCACGCUGGCUGCUGGGGGGCCGUGCCCGACGAGCCGUCAGCCUGGAUGACAAGGUGCUGGCGCCUGCCCGGGCCAAGGUGGCCGUGAUGGCUGAGGGCAGAGAGCUCAUCCUGGUGCUGAAGAGGAACAAGCUGCUGGCUCCGGGAUACACCGAGACACACUACGGCAGGGACGGGCGGCCGGUGACCGUGACCCCCAACCACACGGAGCACUGCCACUACCACGGGCACGUCUGGGGCUACAGCGGCUCCUGGGCCGUCCUCAGCACCUGCUCGGGAUUACGGGGCCUGAUUGUGCUGAGCAGUAACACCAGCUACUACCUGAAACCCCUGGGGAGCCCUGGGCCGGGCAGCCACAUCAUCCACCGAGCAGAGCACGAGCCCAUCCACGGCGGCACCUGCGGCCACGGCCACGGUCUCGGGGGCAGCAUCGCUGACAUUGCUCAGCUCUUCCAGCCUGUGCACCACCAGGCCAAGAGAGAUGCCUGGAGGACCAUGAAGUACAUGGAGCUCUUCAUCGUCGCUGAUCACACACUGUACAGGAACCAGAACCUCAACCUGGGCCACACCAAGCAGCGCAUCGUGGAGAUCGCAAACUAUGUGGACAAGUUUUACAGGUCUCUGAAUAUCAAGGUGGCCCUGAUUGGCCUGGAGGUGUGGACGGAGCGGGACCAGUGUGCUGUGAGCAGCGAUGCCAACGCCACACUCUGGGCUUUCCUGCAGUGGAAGAAAGCGCUGAGGGCACGCAGGAAGCACGACAACGCCCAGCUGCUGACAGGGAAGACGUUCAGGGGCACGACCAUCGGCAUGGCCCCGCUGGAGGGCAUGUGCAGCGCCGAUAACUCCGGCGGUGUCAGCGUGGACCACUCGGAGCAGCCCAUCGGAGCCGCCGCCACCAUGGCCCAUGAAAUCGGCCACAACUUUGGCAUGAGCCACGACAGCCCUGGCUGCUGCCUGGAGGCCACCCCGGAGCAAGGAGGCUGUGUCAUGGCAGCAGCCACUGGACACCCCUUCCCUCGUGUGUUCAGCUCCUGCAGCAGGAGGCAGCUGGAGAACUACUUCCAGAAGGGAGGUGGCAUGUGUCUCUUCAACCUGCCUGACACCAAGGAGCUGGUGGUGGGACGGAAAUGUGGCAAUGGCUUUCUGGAGGAAGGAGAAGCCUGUGACUGCGGGGAGGUGGAGGAAUGCACCAACCCAUGCUGCAAUGCACACAACUGCACACUGAAGAUGGGGGCUGAGUGUGCCCAUGGUGACUGCUGCCAGGGCUGCAAGCUGAAGGUGGCUGGGACGAUGUGCAGGGAAGCAGCAGGAUCCUGUGACCUCCCUGAGUACUGCACAGGCUCCUCACCCUUCUGUCCCCCCAAUGUCUACCUGCUGGAUGGCUCCUCCUGCGCCUACGGGGAGGCUUAUUGCAACAAUGGCAUGUGCAUGACCCACCACCAGCAGUGUGUCCAGCUCUGGGGGCCUGGUGCCUGGCCAGCCCCAGAUGCCUGUUUCCAGGACGUGAACAUGGCUGGCAACACCUAUGGCAACUGUGGCAAAGACAGCCAAGGGCGCUACGUGAAGUGCGACAAGAGGGAUGCCAUGUGUGGCAAGAUCCAGUGCCAGAGCUCAGCCAAGAAGCCCCAGGGGACCAACACCGUGUCCAUCGACACCACCAUCCGCUUCAACGGGCGGGAGGUGAAGUGCCGAGGGACCUACGUGUACAGUGCCAAGGAUGAUGAGGAGGACCUCUCUGACCCUGGGCUGGUGAUGACAGGGACAAAAUGUGGAGAUGGGAUGGUGUGCAAGGAUCGCCGCUGCCAGAACGCUUCCCUUUUUGAGCUGGAAAAGUGCGUUUCCCGGUGUCACGGCCACGGGGUGUGCAACAGCAACAAGAACUGCCACUGUGAUGCUGGCUGGGCUCCCCCAUCCUGUGAGAAGCCGGGUCUGGGUGGCAGCGUGGACAGUGGCCCUGUGCAGCGAGACAAUCAUGAAGCCAUCUUUGUAACCCUUCUGCUCAUCUUCCUGCUCUUCCUCCCGGCUCUGAUGAUGAGCAUCUACUUUUGGUACCGGCGGGAGAACUCGCUCCUGAAUAAAUGGAUAAAGGAGAUGAGGAGAAGGAGCCAGGAGACAUACAGGAACAAACCCAUCAGUAGGAAGUCACCCAGUGGCCAUCCCAAAGCUGCUUUCACCUUGAGGAACAUUUCCACCUCCAGCCACACUGCUAAAGCACCUCGGACUGCCUUACCCCCCAAAGCCAGCGCCCACCACCCGGGCUCCCAACCUGUCAACGUUGUCCAUCCUCUUCGUCCAGCCCUCAACUCCAUCCCUUCAAGGCCAAGGGAGCCCAAGCCUGCCAGGCCACCUCCACCAGUCACCAGGUCCCCAGUGGUCCCCACCAAAGUGGUCGUGUCCCAGGCCAAGCUGCCGCCUCCGAAGAAGCCUCUUCCCUGCAGCCCCGUGAGGACGCCGCUGGUUGCCCCAAAGCACCAACCCCCCCGUCGGCCACUGCCUGGAAGUCCUCUUCUGGCCAAAGAGCUGCCUCCUGCACAUGGACAGACCCUGCUGGUCAUGGUCCCUCCCACCAACUUCAAAGCAUCGGGUGCAAGCGCCGUCAGCCACGCCACGAGGCCGUUAAAGCCGAUGCCACCUCAAAGGCCAGUCCCAGCCAUCAAAACCCAACCAAGCUUCCUCUUGAAGAAGUGACAAACCAAGGCCACCUUCAGCCCAUCCUUCCUGAGCUGGCUCUCCUGAUUUGCACUGCUGCUGGCCACAGGGGUCUUUUAUUCCUCUCUUGUUUUGUUUUGUCUUUUGAUACCAGAGGACUAUUUUUAUAAGACAGAAUAUGUAUUCAGCACAACAAACUGUC